AUGCUGCCGUACCUGUUCCCCGAUCUGUCCACCUUUACUACAGUCGCCGAUCUUAUCACCCACCUUCGCACUAGUGAUGCUCGCCUGCGUGCCGCCCUUCCCACCGAGUUCUGCGCUAAGAACCCCCCUCCACUGUACUGGACACUCCACUUCAUAGUCACCCGUCUCCCUGACACCCUCCGCUCAGUUCGAGACCACUUCCUUGCUCGCUGUCCCACUGAGCUCACAGUCGCCCUCCUAGAGGAGCAGCUGCUCGCGGCCGAAAAGAGCAUUGUAGCUGUCGGUGCUGCUCGUGGCGCUCCUCGCACCCCCAUCUUUGAGGGGUGUUCUCCCUCUCCCCUCGCUCCCUCCUACGCUGCUGCUGCUGCUGUUGACUUCCUUGGUGCUGAGUCUGUUGGCGCUGCUUCUACUCCUGGUGGGAGGCGCCGCACCGGCAAGGGCAAGGGGGGCAAAAGUGGUGGUGGUGGCGCUGGGGGGGGAGGAGGUGGGGGAGGUGGGGGGGGAGGCGGUGCUGGAGGGAGCGGUGGCGGGAGCGCUGGUGGGAGUGGGGUCGGUGGUGGAGGCGGGGGCGGCGGAGGAAGCAGUGGCAGUAGUGGCGGCGGCGGCGGCGGCGGCGGCGGUGGUGGCGGUGGUGGCGGUGGUGGCGGUGGCGGUCGGAGCGGUGGUAGUGGUGGCGGCGGAGGUCGGAGUGGAGGCACUGGCUCGGGCCAGAGCUCCCAGCAGCAGCAGCGUCCCCAGACGACCCAGCAGCUUCGUGAGUGGCUUGCUCAGCGUGGGACGUCGGGGGCCAGUGGCCGCUGUUCUUAUGUCAUUCGCACAGGUGACCGCAAGGGACAGACGUGUGGGAGGUUCCACACCCCGUACCGCUGCUUCUCCCGCCUUGACGACGCUUGGCGUGAGGAGAUGGGUGCGGAUGUUGAGCGCCCCCGCUGGGCUGAGCUCAUGAGGGCUGGUGUUGAUGUCUUUGCUCUUGACUAUGAUGCUAUUAUUGCUGCCAUUGCUGUCCCGGCUGGUUUCGAGUCUGCUCUCUCAGGUACAGCACCCACAGAGACUGCUCUCUCAGGUACCGCACCGGCUGAGGCCUGUCACACCUUCACCCUUGACUCAGUCCUUGCCCAGUCCACCACUGUCCUCCCUUGUCCGGCGGUUCCGUCUGGCUCGUUGUCGGGUUUCCACCUCCCCUCGUUCUCGACGAACCUGGUGAGCAACGCUGUCCUCCAGGAUCAGUGGGUUGACACCUUUACCCCUGGCGGACAGCGUGUGGCGAUCUGCACGUGCUCCAGGACCGGCCGUCACCUGGCUACGUUUACCCACUCUUCUCUGGCACCACCGCCUGGGUCACCCCUCCUUGCCACGCCUUCGUGGCAUGCACCGUCGCCACCUUGUGUCCGGUCUUCCCAGGUCCCUCCCUCCCCUCCCUGCCUCGCCUGCGCCGCCUUUCUUCCUUGCGUCGAGGGGCGGCAGCGCGCCGCUCCUCACUCCUCCUCGUUCCCCCCGACAGAGGCUCCUCUGCAGACCCUCCACCUGGACGUGUGGGGCCCAGCCCGCGUUCGUGGUCAGGGCGGUGAGCGGUACUUUUUGCUGGUUGUCGACGACUACUCGCGUUACACCACGGUCUUCCCCUUGCGCACCAAGGGUGAGGUCCCUGCUGUUCUGAUCCCUUGGAUCCGCACGGUUCGUCUCCAGCUCCGCCGCCGUUUCCGGACGGAUCUUCCUGUCCUGCGUCUGCACUCUGACAGAGGUGGUGAGUUUUCCUCCGAUCUCUUGAGGACCUUCUGUCAGGCGGAGGGCAUCGAGCAGACCUUCACGCUUCCGGACUCCCCACAGCAGAAUGGGGUUGCUGAGCGCCGCAUUGGCCUGGUCAUGGAGGUCGCUCGUACCUCCUUGGUCCACGCGGCGGCUCCCCAUUUUCUGUGGCCGUUUGCUGUCCGAUACGCCGCGCAUCAGCUCAACCUCUGGCCCCGUGUCUCCUUACCGGAGACCUCGCCCACACUGCGUUGGACGGGGGAGGUUGGCGAUGCGUCGCGCUUCCGGGUGUGGGGUGCUCGUGCCCUUGUCCGCGAUACGUCCGCGGACAAGCUCUCCUCCCGCACACUUCCCUGUGUCUUCCUUGGCUUUGUCCCUGACGCGCCUGGCUGGCAGUUUUACCACCCCACCUCGCGCCGGGUCUUCGCCUCUCAGGAUGUCACCUUUGACGAGUCG